GCCUUAUGGCUCCAACAAAAACGCAUUUUAUAAUAAACGUUGUAAAAUGUUAUAAUAACAACGCAUAAAAAAACAGUAGUUAUUAAUCAUCACACAUGAUAGCGUGAAAAAGCUUCACCAUGAACUCUGGUUGCAUAUCGAACUGCAUCAACGAUGCACGUGACCCACGUGUUCCGGUGAGAGGUAGCUACGUGAACCUCUACAAGUGGCCGGAAUCAGAUGCUGCUUUUGUGAGGUCAGUGAGUUCCGGCAGAGAACAUCCGAAGGUGGUGGAUAGUAUCUCUUGCAGACAGUUGUAUCUAAGAAGCUACACAUUUUGCAGAGAAGAUGAGAAGAAGAAAAAGGUGAAGGUGAAAACGAAGAAACGCGUGGUUGUUAAGAAGAAAAAUUUGGGUGGGAAGAAAGAUAAAAAGAGUUCUUGUUCUGUUUUGUUUGGGAUUUUUCGAAGGUUCUUGUCUUGUUGUGCUAGUGUUGAUGUUUGUGGAUGAAAAUUAUGAGUUUUAAUUAAGGUUUGUUUGUUCAUGUUGUUGUUUUGUUUUUUUAUUAUUUAGAAUUAAAAGAAAUGAUUUGUGGGUGUUAUAAGUUUAAUAAAUUAAGGUUUUAUUGAAGAUAAGAAUGUGGAAAAUGUGAAUGUAACACAUUUUGAAGAGUUUGUGCAAAAGAUUUCUUGUGUUUGAGGUUGAAAUGGAGACAUGAAUUAUUCGAGGAAAAAGAAUUGAUCAUAGAAGGUCUCCAUAGAAGUUGGCCAACACAGAGGAGUUCAUACCGAUUAGGUUUUCUUUCAUACUCUAGUAAAUCAUCCAAAAAACUUGGUUAUGUUCGAACACGUUAUCUCCCUCAUCAUAACUUGUUUUGAUGACCUGAACGGUGAAAGUGUAGCACUAUGUCUCACAAAUCAUAUUUCAAAAAAAAAAAAAAAAACUCGAUCCAACCAUUAACAAAUAUAUAGAAUCGCUACCUUUCUCAAGAUUAUUACAAAAAAACAAAAAAAAAAUUCUUAAUCCUAACACUUUAAGUCACUCGUUUUUCUCUUCUUGAAGCAUCCAUAAAUAAG